CGGAAGGGCGAGAGCGCGAGAGGGAAACGAGGUGUGAAAUCCGCGGUCACCGCCAACGAGGACGCCGGAUGUCUCGCGCGCAGAAAGGACAAGCGGGUGAGAGGAGAGUGAGAGGAGUGUAAGAGGAGUGUAAGAGGAGUGUAAGACUGAGACUGAGAGAGAGAGAGAGAGAGAGAGAGAGGACGCGGAUCUGAUCUGAACACCGACAAGUGACUGACGUUCAUUCGGUGUCUGUGACGCUGGACGCAGCGAGCGGAGCGCGGGGUAACGCGGCUCUCUCAGCGCGAUCAGAGGGACAGACCUCUGGCCUUUAGGCACCAGAUGCCAAUCGGUUUGAUUUUUCAGCUCUGAAAUGUCCAGGCGUGCGACCUGAAUCCACCGAGAGCGGAGAAAGCGCGGAGAAAGCGCGGAGGAAGCACGGACCCCGCGGUACGGCGACACAGCAGAGCACUCAGCACUCUCCGCCUGCCUGCCAGGCGCUGUCUCUUCUGAGAUGGCGUUCCUCCUCCAUUGUCUCUCGCUUCUGGUGGUGGUUCUGGUCCUAUUACCCAUGCCCUGCAUCGGAUGUCCCUCUGGCUGCCGGUGCUACAGCCUGACAGUGGAGUGCGGCUCCAUCGGACUCAAAGAGAUACCACGGGGCAUUGCUCAUGGAACACAGACUAUCUUCCUGCAGGAUAAUGCCAUUGGUCAGAUCCGGGCAGAGGACCUGUCUGGCUUGGGUCACCUGCACUAUCUGUACCUGCAGAAUAACAGCAUCUCAGCUCUGGAGGCCAGUGCCUUCUUGAGUCUGGGCCAACUGCUAGAGCUCGCGCUCAAUGGUAACCGCCUCCACCUGAUCUCUGCCGAUGCCUUUCGUGGUCUUGAGCACCUGCGCAUCCUCUACCUGGCAGGGAACCACAUCAACCGGCUGGAGGAUUACACCUUCCGUGGACUGCAGCGUCUGCAAGAGCUGCACCUGCAGGAGAACACAAUGGAGGUGUUAGAUGAACAGGCUCUGAUGGGCCUGUCUUCUCUGGCUCUGCUGGACCUCAGCAAGAAUAACCUGCGCACCCUAAGUGCUGUCACUCUCAGACCUCUCAUCAGCCUGCAGGUGCUGCGCAUCACAGAUAACCCAUGGCGUUGUGACUGUGCUCUUCACUGGCUUCGCGGCUGGAUAAACACCGAGGGUCAGCGGUUGCUGAGCUCAGCCGAGCGGAGGCUGCUGUGCUCUGAGCCACCACGCCUCUCACACCUGAGCCUGGUAGAGGUGCCAGCUAAUAGCCUGGUGUGCAUCCCACCUGCUGUACAGCUUGAGCCGAGAGAACUAAGCGUACGUUUGGGUGAGAGCAUCCGUGUGUCUUGCCAAGCCUCAGGUUACCCGCAGCCUCAGGUCACCUGGAGAAAGGUGUCCUACGGUAGGGCUCAGCUAUCACCACGAGGUCUGGUGCAAGAGGAAGCGACAGACGGGGACAGCAGGAAGCCAGUGACAGCCAAGCCUGGGGGUAAUGGAGUCAAUGUUGGAAAUCGUGGACCAACAGAUGAUGGUGGGGACAGGGAGAACUUUGAUCAAGACACGGGUAGUGGAAUGCUGUUUUUGAGUAAUGUUACAGUGGCACAUGCAGGACGCUAUGAGUGUGAGGCUUGGAAUCCUGGAGGGGUUGCACGUGUGACCUUCCACCUCGCUGUCAAUGUUUCAUCUUCAUCUUUGUCAUCAUCCUGGCCUCGUCUGCACCAGUCGUCAUCCUCGUCAUCCUCUUCGCACCACCGCCCAUCCUUAGGGGAUGUCAGUCAGGAACCGCUGUACGAGCUUGAGAGCAUGGACUUCAGUGCCCUGGGCACAGCCACCCAAACAGCCAUCGCUGUGGGUAUCUCACUCCUGGCGCUGACUGCCCUGCUGCUGCUGUGCAUGAUCUAUAGCCGUCACCGGCAGCGCCAAAAAGAGGAUGGUGCCUAUGGCAAGGAGGAGAGCAUCCUCUAUGUGAAUGACUACUCUGAUGGACCCACUACAUUCGCACAGCUUGAGGAAUACCGGGAUGAGCGUGGCCAUGAGAUGUACGUGUUAAACCGGGCCAAGCCUGUGCUGCCUCCACCACCCACCUCCAGCCAGCACGUAACAGUACAGCCUAGAGAAGUGCUCCAGGGCCAAGGCACUCUGGCAUCUACCAUUUUACCAUGCAGAGCCCCAGCAGAGGGCAUAGAGGGUCCACCACCAGACCCAGAGGGACUAUUUAUAAACCAGAGUCUGCUUUUUGACACACAGAUCGCGUAUGAGAUCCACUGCUGAAGAAGACUAAAAGCAGAUUGAUCAGAGAAGGCAGUCCAUAAGGCUAGUUAUAGAAAAGCUCUCUGUGUAUUGGGCUUGAAGUCAGCCCAAUGGGAUCUCUGAUUAGUUUGCCUAUUUCUAUUCUAUUUUUUUGAUUAAUGUUAGAUGAAAGGGAUAAGCCGAAGGUUGUUUCAAAAGGAUAAAAUCACUGGCUUACCUUGCACAGGACAAGAAGGAUACAGAAAUUUCUGUUGCCUGACAUAAUGCUUUAGAAUUCAAACUCCCAAAAAAUGCCUAGGGAGGCACAGUAGUAUUGCCACCUCACAGCUCGAAGGUCCCCCAGUUCAAUCCUGAGUAUGGGUUACUGUCUGAACGGAGUUUAUGUGCAUGUUCUUCGCGUGUCCAUAUGGGUUUCAUCCCACUCUUCAAAAACAUGCCAGUUGGUGGAUUGGCUGCACUAAAUUGCCCCUAGGUGUUAAUGAGUGUGUGAAUGUGUGUUCAUGGUGCACUGUGAUGGACUGGUGGUAUUUUCCUGCCUCACACCCAGUGUUCCUGAGAUAGGUGCCGGAUCCACAGCAAUCAUGACUGGGAUAAAGCGGUUGCUAAAGAUGAAUGAUUGAAUUAAACAAACAAAAAAAAAGCCUGGCACCUAAAUAAUUUCAAUGGUCAGAUGAAUCUACUGAGAAGAAAACCAGCAUAUUGUACAUUUCAUUUAUUAUUCACAAAGUACAAAAUAGGAAGAAUGCUUGAGUAAGCUGCUACACUCUGACAGACAUUCGUCUGUUUUUCUGCAUAGUGAGUAAAGGAGAAGGCCAUUUUUUUCAUCAUGUCAAACAUUUUUUUCCUGUUUCAGCCAGACAGUGUGAAUAGUUUUGUCAUCUGUGCUCACUGACUAUUAACAUUAUGUCUUUAUAUUUUGAGAGCCUUUUAUUUUUCAUUCGUACCUACAUAUGAUUUUAAUGCACAGAAGACCAGUGAGUCACAGAGACAAAGACAGAGUGAAGUUAUGUCUGUGUUUGUGAUAGCCAACAAACUAUUGAAUUUAAUGUCUUUAAUUAGGUUACUCUCUCUCUCUCUCCCAUCCUCUUGACCUCUAUUUAAGUAACACUGUGAAAAUAAAAGUUCUAGACGCUAGAUUUCCUGAUCAAUGACCAACAUCUCUAUAAUUGCAUUGUGCUCUGUAUGUCUCCAGAAAGCAUUUUGUAUGAUAUUAUAAUAUUGUUCUCUGGAGUGUAGGUUAAUUUUCGCUUUUUUUUUUUUUUUUUUUUUUUUUUUUAAAUCUUGCCAGGUUUGUACAGAAAAAGCCUAGUAAUUACUUCAGGGUAUAAAAACACACAUCACAGCUGGUGACAGCAUCUGAAGGUGUUAAGCUUAAGCUCAGUACAAUAAUUUGGAACAGUAUGUAUUUUUGUUUGUCAAAUGUCCAAUACAUGUGACGUUUUUGUUUAUCUAAAUAAAAUCUGUUUUUUUGGUCCAA